AUGGCUUAAAAAAGAAUAUAAAAAGAAUUGUAGGAUUUGUAAAAGGAUCCUCCUGGAAACUGUUCAGCAGGACCUGAUAUCUCUAAAGAUAGUAUUUUUAAUUGGACUGCAGCAAUUAUGGGACCUGAAGAUUCACCUUACGCAGGAGGAGUAUUUUUGUUGAAUAUAAUAUUCCCUAACGAUUACCCAUUUAAACCUCCAAGAGUCAGUUUUUAAACAAGAAUAUAUCACCCUAAUAUAAAUUCAAAUGGUUCUAUUUGCCUUGAUAUCUUAAAAGAUUAAUGGAGUCCAGCACUUACAAUUUCUAAAGUUUUAUUAAGUAUCAGCUCGUUACUAACUGAUCCAAAUCCAGAUGAUCCUUUAGUACCUGAAAUUGCAAAUUAAUAUAGAUCUAAUAAAAAUGAAUAUGUCUUAAAAAGUUAACAGUGGACUAGAAAAUAUGCUAUGUGA